UAUAUAAAGAGCCCCCUUUUUGACCGCACUUGCACAUUUUUCAGUGACACUUCUGAACAUAUACACACCUCCAUGGACUAAAUUGUACAGAAGACGCCAAAAGAGCCAUUGCACUAAACGUGAGCGGGCUAUGCAUUCAUCAGACACGUAAUUUGUUCACUUUCAAUCCAAACAGCCUGUCCGAGACGCACUGGAACGUACUUUUUUGGGGGGAAAUUGAGUGCAAAAUCUGCCCCUGGCAAAAAACAGCACUUCGGGGUGAUCGUAUUGGAUUAGAUGCAUGUCACUGACUGCCUGCCUCUUGUAGGGUAAGGAAAGGAGAAGCGCACAUCGGACAGAGGGGAUAUAACGGGAUAUAGCGAGUGAACAGACAAGAAACAAAAAGAGAAAAAGUUGCAUUGCCUGGUGUCGGCGCAUCGUCAUGCAGAGGUACAACUUCUUACUGUGCUUAAUGGUGCUCAUCUCCCUAGGACAGUCGGGAAGCGAUGAGCCCAAUCUGCUGCUGCCUUCUGGCAGCGAGACGCCCACGGAUGCCGGGCUGUCCCUGCUGGACGAGGACGCUGGUUCCCACGAGUGCUCCGCCUGUGUUUGGAGGGAGCAGAGCAAAGUGCUGAGACUUGAAACCAUCAAGUCCCAGAUCCUGAGCAAGCUGCGCCUGAAGCAGGCGCCCAACAUCAGUCGGGAGGUGGUCAAUCAGCUGCUGCCCAAGGCGCCUCCGCUCCAGCAGCUGCUGGACCAUCACGAUUUCCAGGGAGACGCGUCGUCCCAGGAUGAGUUUAUGGAGGAGGAUGAGUACCACGCCACCACGGAGUCCGUGAUCACCAUGGCCUCUGAGCCGGAGCCCCUGGUGCAGGUGAACGGGAAGCCGAGCUGCUGCUUCUUCAAGUUCAGCCCCAAACUGAUGUUCACCAAGGUGCUGAAGGCCCAGCUGUGGGUGUACCUGCGGCCGCUGCAGCAGACUUCCAACGUCUACCUGCAGAUCCUCCGGCUGAAGCCCGUCACGGAGCAGGGCAGCCGCCACAUCCGCAUCCGCUCCCUGAAGAUCGAGCUCAACUCCAGGGUCGGCCACUGGCAAAGUAUUGACUUUAAGCACGUGCUGCAAAACUGGUUCAAACAGCCCCACACCAACUGGGGAAUCGACAUCAACGCCUUUGACGAGAGAGGCAAUGAUCUGGCGGUGACUUCGCUGCGACCCGGGGAGGAGGGGCUGCAGCCGUUCCUGGAAGUGAAAGUUCUUGAGACGACCAAACGCUCCCGGAGAAACCUCGGUCUGGACUGCGAUGAGCAUUCCACUGAGUCUCGCUGCUGUCGCUACCCUCUGACUGUGGACUUUGAGGCGUUCGGCUGGGACUGGAUCAUUGCCCCCAAACGCUACAAAGCCAACUAUUGCUCUGGCCAGUGCGAGUACAUGUUUAUGCAGAAAUAUCCGCACACCCACCUGGUGCAGCACGCCAACCCCAGAGGCUCUGCAGGGCCCUGCUGUACCCCGACCAAGAUGUCUCCCAUUAACAUGCUCUACUUCAAUGACAAGCAGCAGAUCAUUCACGGCAAAAUCCCAGGGAUGGUUGUGGAUAGAUGUGGCUGCUCUUAGGCUGUAGGGGGGGACGCACACUUGCGUACAGUCACCAUUGCAUCAAACCACCCAAAACCCUUACUGAGCUCUCCCUUGGCACCAGAACCCACUCCUCAGCAUCCAAUUUCACUUAUGCCACAAAAUCAUCCCACUCGGUUUCCAUGCUUCCAGAAAUUAAAUAGAUUCUAACUGUAAAAAAAGCUAUUAAUGAAACAUGAAUCAAAAAAAAGGACUGAGUGAUGGAAAUACAGCUGAUUAUGAAUAAUUGAAGAAGUUGUCCUCGUGGAGCAGCUUCAAAAAACGGUAAAUGAGACAAAACUACUUAACGUGCUAGUUUUGUGGGUUUUCUAAGUUGUUUUUUUUAAAUGGCAUCUUUGUUCAAAGUCCAGGUUAGCGGAUUGAGUAGACGGGAGACAUAAGCAUUUACAAUUUCAGUCAUACGGUGAGUUUGGAAAUAUACAAAUACGCUUAACUUACGGGUGAGAUUUGAUCCACAAAAGUGUAUGCACGGGGGCAUUAUCAGAAUCACUUUGUAAUCCAUCACUUUAACAAAAAUAUCUAAAUACACCUAAUGUGAGGAGGAUAUUAGAAAUGCUCCUUGUAUAAAUCCAAAAUCCUGUUUACAGAUGCUUAGAGAUGUGCUCUAGAGAUGUAAAGUGUUAAGGAGAUCCAAGACCAAACCUAUACCCUCUAUUAAUGUAUAACACCCCAGUGUGACAUUCUUGAGUAUCUAUGAAACCUUUCAAAGGUACUUUGAUCUUUUAUGUGUAGUCUUGUAAAAUUCAGAAAGGAACAGGGAGAGAAGAGGUUAUACUAUUUUCACUCUGUCUUUCAAAGCGGAUAACUAAAGCCAGUAUAGCUAUUUAUGCCACAAACGCAGAUAAGACAUAUUUAGGUUUCACCAUGACACUAAAGUCUAAAACUAAGUACUGUAAAGUAGAUGCAUUCUGAAGGUAUUUUGCACCACCCGGGAGAGGAGCAGGAGCAGAAUACUGCAGGAUGACAAGAACACCAGGACAGGAAAAAGAAAAAAGGAAAAUACACUUUAACACCCUCAACUUUUGCAUUCAAUGUUUAAAACAGAGAAGUAAAUGCACUGUUUCAUAACUUGAAGAGGCCUGGAACUGAGCAUGUAAUAAUGGACAGGAAGCAACGUCGCUAUCCUGAAAUUUAACACUCAAGGGUGACGGCAAUGGUCAAAUCUUUAUACUGCUCUGUGUUUUUGAGAGGAAAAUACUACAAAACAGGCCCACCGUAUUAAUCAUUCCUACAGCAGUGUUAAAAAUACUAUCCAAUUUAGAAAGAGCUUCAUUUCUCACAAAGUGCUUUCACUUUUUCUCAAUGCUAGUUUCAGAACAGAAGAACAUAAAAUACUUUAAUUGCAGAAGUGAUAGCUUUUAUGAACCACAACAGACCACACACCCCGUUCAGAUCACGACAAUGUUACCCGACCACCGACUUUAGUUUAGAGAACACAUUCGAUUGCUUUUUGAAAUGCCCCCAUCCACCUCCACUGCAACUUUAUCGCCAUUAUCAUAAAAUAUUGUUAGUGCUUGAACACAGAGUAGAUUAGUAACGCUUGAAGUCUGUUUUUGUCUCCUGGAUGUCAAGCAAAGAUAUCCUUUUGUUGUAAACGAAAGCACUAUGCUGUUGGAUAAAGGAAGAGCCUUCUGACACUAUAUAUAAAUUAUAUAUGUAUAUAUUAAAAAAAGGGGUAUAAAAACCUUUUUUGGGGGCACUCUACCUUACCAACAAUAAAUUUUGCACUAUGGGACGUUCAUGGCGUGAGGAGGUGAAGUGUCGUUUGUGUUGUACCAAGCACAAGAGAGUGUGUACAGUAUAGGAUGAAAAAAAAAGAAAAAAUUGAAAAAAAUAUUGAAGCUUCUGGUGUUAAACCAAGAACUAGAGAGGUUAUCACUGACUUUUAUCUGAAGCGGGGGGCCUGUCCAUGAGCUCACACACCUUUAUCCAAUCUGGAACAUGGACGUACUGAACCAGCAGCCUGAAAGGCCUCCUUGCCCACGGUGGGGGAUAAGUCAUAUGUAUAAUAAGUGUCUGGAUCAAUGAAAAUGCUUUAACUUGAAAUGACCCGCCUACCAACUCUAAUCCAUCUCCAUGUUAGAGAAACUACGUCCGUUUGACAUAAAACAUAAAUUGUCAACUGUCUUGCAUAGACAUGUUUUUGCCUUUGUGUGUAUUUUAAGUGAAAGCACCCAUGUAAGAAUGGGAGGAGUAUCCAGGGAUCGUUAGCCAAAGUAGAGGAUGACAUGUUGUGUGCUGUAACUUUUGUGAUCGUCGCAGGAAUAUGCUAGAACAUUUCAAAGGGAGGAAAAAGCUGGUUUAGGGGCAGUGGUUGGAAAUAAUUCAACUGGUCAGUAGUCUAUUUAUUAAUAUUAAUUACAACGCAUCUCAAAGUCUGUCUACCUCACUGUAGCCCCCUAAAAACCUUGCUUUUUUCAAUUUGUCAUUGAUUAAUCUCUGCAAACAUCUAACCAAUAAGAACCCCCACCCCAACCCCUCUCAAAACAUGUAGAUGAAAACCACAGGGUCCCCUUGCUCUCAGGUUCAGAUUGAGUUAUUGACGGAGUGACUGAUGGUAGCGGCUCUGGUAAUGUGUGGUCAAAAGAAAUGAUUUGCUGUGCCCACAUCUACGGCUUGCAGAGAAGUUGCGUUUUGAAUUUUAGUGUUUGUAUACUGGUAUGUGUGAGAGUGUUUUCAUAUAAAUAUAUGAGAGUAAGAAAUCUCUAUGUAAAUACCUACCCAAAUGUUGACCUUUAUGAUGUUUUGGACAGGUUCGCCGCUUCCAAUGUUUUUCUCACUUUCCCUCUUCAUUCUUUGUGUAGUUAAAGAGGAAAAAUCCCCCCAACUUUGUAGUUUAAUGGUUGUGCUUAUGAAUAACUGUUCAUUUGUUAUUUUUGCCUUUUGAUGUUUAUUUACUGUCAUUUUCUUUUGUACAAUAAAUCAUUUAUUUAGCUUAA